CUACUAUAUAUAUACUCGACUUUAAUGGCAGUAGAAGAAGAAUCACCAAAUCCAUCCGAAGAACCAAGCCCUAAUCAGGCCGAUACCACGGAGAAAACAUGGCGAUAUUCUCCAAUGCAUUAUCAUCUCCACAGCCUUCAUGGUUCACGCCCAAAAGGUUACUUGGGAUCUUCUGUGUUAUUAACUUGAUAAAUUAUGUUGACCGAGGAGCAAUAGCAAGUAAUGGUGUAAAUGGUAGUAGUGGAACUUGCACACAAAGCGGUGCAUGCACAUCUGGUACUGGAAUUCAGGGAGAUUUUAACUUGAACAAUUUUGAAGAUGGCGUUCUAUCUUCUGCUUUCAUGGUCGGGCUUCUUGUGGCAUCUCCAAUAUUUGCAUCCUUAGCGAAGAGGGUUAAUCCAUUCAGGCUUAUUGGAGUUGGGUUGUCUGUUUGGACUUUUGCUGCAGCUGGUUGUGGUUUGUCAUUUGAUUUCUGGUCCAUCACUAUCUGCCGCAUGCUAGUUGGUGUUGGUGAAGCUUCUUUUAUAAGCCUUGCAGCUCCAUUCAUUGAUGAUAAUGCUCCAGUGGCUCAGAAAACAGCAUGGCUUGCAAUGUUUUACAUGUGUAUACCAGCUGGAGUUGCGCUUGGCUAUGUUUAUGGUGGAUUGGUUGGAGAUUACUCCAAUUGGCGUUUUGCAUUCUUUGGGGAGGCCAUCUUGAUGUUUCCAUUUGCUGUUCUAGGUUUCGUUAUGAAACCUUUGCAGUUGAAAGGUUUUUCUCCUGUUGAAUCUCGAAAAGCACUGACAGCUGUCUCGGAAGUUAAAGGUGAUUCAACCGGUACAGGUGGCAUGCUAUCAAUGAAGGCAGAUUUCGUAGAUCAAAGCUCAAAUGGACCUUCCAAGUCAAAAUUUGGAUACAUUAAUCUGGAUGAGCUAUCACAAUUUUUGAAAGAUAUUAAAGUGCUUUUGCUUGAAAAGGUUUAUGUCGUCAAUGUUCUAGGUUACAUAGCGUACAACUUUGUCAUAGGUGCAUAUUCAUACUGGGGGCCAAAAGCUGGUUAUAACAUUUAUCACAUGACCGAUGCUGAUUUGAUUUUUGGAGGACUUACAAUUGUCUGUGGAAUAUUGGGAACGCUAGCAGGAGGUUAUGUUCUAGAUAAAAUGACUGCCACAAUCCCCAAUGCUUUUAAGCUUCUUUCUGCAACAACAUUGUUGGGGGCUGCAUUUUGCUUUACUGCUUUCUGUUUUAAGAGCCUAUAUGCUUUCCUUGCUUUUUUCGCGAUUGGUGAACUACUUGUAUUUGCCACUCAGGGUCCUGUCAAUUAUAUAUGUCUUCACUGUGUUAAACCAAGUAUGAGACCAAUUUCCAUGGCUAUGUCUACUGUCUCAAUUCACAUCUUUGGUGAUGUGCCUUCCUCUCCACUUGUUGGGGUUUUCCAGGAUUACGUCAACAACUGGAGGGAGACUGCUCUGGUUCUGACAUCUGUGUUGUUUCUGGCAGCUGGAAUAUGGGUUAUUGGUAUCUUUCUUCCCAGUAUCGAUAGAUUUGAUGAAGAGAGUGAGCAUCAACUCACGAACACGGGGUCACACACGACGCCCAUGACGCCGUUGCUUGAAGAGAAGACUGCAGAAAAAACAGAAUCUUCUAGUGAACCAUGAACCCCUUUUGCCACAAUACAAAGUUUCAGUUCUGGCUAUGGGCAAACACGUAUUUCAUGUAAAUGCUCACUUGAUCCUUUUCUCAUUUGUAUAUAUCACAAUGUACCGAUCGUGAUUAUAAGAAGUGUUUAUAUUACCAUGUUUCAAAACUUAUUGCAAGGUUUUGAAAUUGAUAGUUAACAUAUGCGACAAAUUGUGAAGAACACCAUAUUCGAGUUCGAGCAUAUGCAUGUAAACUUCCGGUAUCUAUAAAGCAUUUCCAACUGGUAAA